AUGAAUUACAAUGAUAGCGGAGAAAAUGGAUUUGAUAAUAAUUUACCGUUACAUAAUAAUUAUGAAAAAAGUUUACUUCCUCAUUUAGAGAUAACUUAUAUUGCUUGGAUUGUUUGUUGUUCUGUUAUUUUUUGUCUUUCUGUUUUUGGCAAUCUUAUGGUUGUUUAUGUUUUAACAUCAACAAGAUAUAUGAGAACAUCAACCAAUUUUUAUCUUUUAAAUCUUGCCUUAUCAGACCUUUUGUUAUCUGUAAUUUGUAUGCCGGUUACUGUAAUUCAAACAAUAUAUAGAAGUUGGUUAUUUGGAGACAUAUUAUGUAUAAUAUUUUCAUAUACACAACCUGUAUCAGUUUCUGCUUCGGCAUACACCUUGGCUGCCAUUGCAAUGGAACGUUAUAUUGCUAUUUGUAAACCAUUUCAAUCACGUCUGGUUCAGACAAAAUCACAUGCCUGUCUUAUGAUAUGUAUUGUAUGGUCAGUUGCCUUUGUUGUUAAUCUUGGUUUUCUUUUUAAUAUUGAAAAUAUUUCUUAUGAUCCUGAAAAUCCUGACUUGAAAAUGUGUACAAGUACAGCUUCAUAUAAGACAAAAUUUUUUUAUCAAAUAUAUGUUACAAUUGUUUUAUUAGUUGUUCCUUUAAUUUUAAUGGGUGUAUUAUAUGGAUAUGUAAUUUCUUCAUUAAAAAUGGGAAUAAAAAUGGAUAUUGCUGCUAUAGGAAUUGAAAGUAAUAAUGAUAUUUCAUCAUUUCAAAUAAGUGAAAUCAAUAAAAAACAAUCUAAAAUUUCAAUAGAUUCAGUGAAACGAAAAUGUAAUUAUGAAAUUUCUCGUAAUCCAGCUACUGAAAAAUUAUUAAAUGAUGAGUCAAAAAAAUUAACAUCUAAUGGAAGAAGUGCAACAUCAACAUUUAUUCAUGGUUCACCAUAUGAAAAUACUAAUGAUGAUAAAGAUAAAAAUCCAAAUCAAGUUUAUGGAAAAUUUUCUGUAACAACACUAGAAACAACAGUAAGAUCAACACACUCAUCAAAAAUAAUAUUAACUAAACAAAGACUUAUUCGUAUGCUUAUUGUUAUUGUAAUUAUAUUUUUUAUUUGUUGGACUCCCACUUAUAUUUACUGGCUUUUGGUAUCAGCUUCUGACUACUUUUCAGAUGGAACAUUAUGGAAUGAUAAUAUGAAUUUAAUUUUAACAUCAAUUUCUUAUGUUGCAACAUGUGCAAAUCCAAUUACUUAUUGUUUUUUAAAUGCUAAAUUUAGGAAUGCACUAUUACAUGUGAUGGGAUGUAAAAAAUAUGAUCGUCGUCCAAUAAACUUCAAAGAUAAACAUAAUCACGCUAGAUAUGCUUUAAGGCAUGAUCUUGGAACAACGGAUAGCAAUUCCAAUUUACGGGUUAACAAUAAUAAUAAAGAAGGAAAACCACCAUUACCAAAACAAGUAAAAAAACAAUAUCGUCAUUCUAUAAGUACCAAUGACUACACAUCAAUAAUAUCAGAUGAAAAAAAGAAAGCAGGAAAACAAGAGUACACAAAUUGUGAUGUAACAGAGAUCUCAAGUAUAAUAAAUAGAUUCAUUCUUUUUACCUUUUAG